AUGGAUGAGGCGGACGAUGCAGAGGAAACCCUCGCAUGCUACGAAAGGGACUUCACGGUUUUGGAAAAGGUUACUGGAACUGUUCGCGUUGAAGACGUAGUAAAAAUAUUUGAAACACAAGGAGCCACCGAAGAGCACCUCAAGGCAUUCGCGAAUGAACUGGAGGCCAAAAAGGUGGCUCUGCUGAACAAGCUGCGAAUGCUCGGUAACGUGAGCGCCGCCUCGGUCUACAAGGUAAGGACUGAGAAUGAUGAUAUGCUGCGAACCGCGUCCGGCGACUGCAAAGCCGCACUGGCCGCCGCUUCAGAGCACAGGUGGAGCCAGGUAGCGGCCAAUAACCGCGUCACGCAAGCGCUAGCCCGACUUCGUCAGCUGCUGGAGUACCUGGUGGAGGCGUUCAUCAGUGACGGCGUCAUCACGCCGCCAGAGCUGCCCGAUGCUAACGUCACGGAGCGGUACCUGACCGCGCUGCUAGAGGCUGCCGGCCGCGGUGUAGCCGACCUGAUGGCGGGCCUAGGAGACGAAACGGGCCGGGCGCAGCGCGCUGCCGCCGCCGUCCAAUUCGUGAUGACGCCAGCCGAGAAGCGACAGCGGCGGGUACGCGCCUCGCUCGCGAGCAGCCCGGGCGCCGACGAGCUGACCUGCUCCGUCGGCUUUGACGAGGGCGACACGACGGGGGAUGACGCCUCCGUACCAUCCCGUGAGGUCAUCAAGCGUCAAGCGCAGCUCCUGUUGCAGGCCAAGCAGAAGUCGGGUGGCAGCAGGCGACGCAAGACGUAG